AUCUGAUGUCACUGCCGCACCUGCGCAGCCAUCUUGUACUUCGAGCGAGGGGCAGAUAGGAAGGAAGAAAGAAAAGGCAGGACAAAAUACCCGUGGUUUGUAUUAUACGAUCAGUAAUGUCCGUCAAGUGACCGACUCUAACGAGAAGACAGUGUUGAGGUGUGAUCGGAGGGGGUAAAUCAGAGGAAGUUGCCCCAGUGCCCCGGAUUUCCAGACGGACAAGUCAUCAUCAUCAUCAUCAUCAAUAUCUCUUCUGCUCGAAGAGGAAAGAGUCAGAUCUCCUGCUGAACCAAACGAAGACACACCAUGAAUCCAGAAUAUGAUUACCUGUUCAAACUGCUCCUCAUCGGUGACUCUGGAGUGGGGAAGUCAUGUCUUCUGUUGAGAUUUGCUGAUGACACAUACACAGAGAGCUACAUCAGCACCAUAGGCGUGGACUUCAAGAUCCGCACUAUUGAACUGGAUGGCAAGACCAUUAAGCUACAGAUUUGGGAUACUGCGGGGCAGGAAAGGUUUCGCACCAUCACCUCCAGUUACUACCGAGGAGCCCAUGGCAUCAUUGUGGUCUAUGAUGUCACAGAUCAGGAGUCGUAUAAUAAUGUGAAACAGUGGCUGCAGGAAAUAGACCGCUAUGCAAGCGAGAAUGUCAACAAGCUGCUGGUUGGAAACAAGUGUGACCUCACCACCAAGAAAGUAGUGGACUACACAACAGCCAAGGAAUUUGCUGAUUCUUUAGCCAUCCCCUUCCUUGAGACAAGCGCUAAGAAUGCCACUAAUGUGGAGCAGGCCUUCAUGACUAUGGCUGCAGAGAUCAAGAAACGCAUGGGCCCUGGAGCAACAACCGGAGGAGACAAGCCCAACCUGUUGAUCGAUAGCACUCCUGUGCGGCAGUCAGGUGGCGGCUGCUGUUGAAGAGCCUGAGCACACACACACACACAACCAUCCCUUCCCCCCAUUAAACACAUUUUCUCACACACACCAAAAAAGCUCAUGGAAAAUUCUCAUGGGAGGAACCACUGCAUUAAGAGCCAAUGUUCUGACCACCUUACGGCUUCUUUUUGAAAUAGAAUAUUUUAUGACAUCAGUCUUCUUGUUUUUAUUGUCCAGCUUCCUGUUUUUCAUAAGAUCCCCCCCCCCAAUUAGCCAUACUCUUUUCCUGUACAUCAGCCCCACCUACAUCAAUAACCCCACCCCUUUGUACUUCAAGUCCAGAAUGGAGCUUUUGUACAGUCAUAUGUUAACGCAUAGAGAUGUCUAUGAUAAGAGAAAAUCUAGGGGUGAUGCUCAAUUCUCCUAUUAAACUCCAGUGGAGAGGUUGUUUAAAUUGAAGAUAACCCAUUUCUCUUGUAUUUCUAAUUUACACGCACACACAAGUUGUAAUGUAUACACUUGAAUGAUUGAGGUUUUGUGUGUGAGGGCAUGGCUUCUUAGGCUGACAGGAAGUCAACAGUGCAUACAAUGUUGGCAAUAUUCUACUUGUGCUCAUCCUACUAGUAUAUUAUUGUUAUUAUGGUGAUUUUUAAGACUGAUUUUUUUUUCUGUAGUUUUGUUUUUCUAAUGAAGGCUUGUACAAAGGCUUACUGCUGUCAAAUGACCUCAUCUGGUAAAGGGGGGAAGACUAUGGUUGUUUUUUUGUUUUUGUUUGUUUGUUGAUAGUCUGGACUUUUUGAGGGGGCCAGGGUUUAGGUUGGUCGAUGAAAGCUACUGUUCCCUCUGUUACCUCAAUGACCUUUGCUUCUUUUGUCCAAACUGGAGCUGAACAUCUGAGUAUCUUGAACUUGGCACAUGUCGACACGGUUGUUUCCUCCCAUUGUCAGCAUUUUUGUGGCUUUGGUGUGGAACCUUUACAUUUUGGUUUAAUUUUACCAUCUUGUUGGGUUGGACAUCCACAGAAGCCAGUUAACCUUAAGUGCUCCCAAAACGGUCCAUCAUGCAUCGUAAGUGUUUGUGCUUAUGGUAAUAUGCGUGUAUUUAUUUCCAUACAGUAAAAAUAUUAGCAUAUUUGUGAGGGCCUUAAUUUUGUCACCAAUUAAAGUGUGUAACAGUUAUAAGGAGCCGGUUCGGUGUGUCUGGAUGAAGGAAUAUUGGGAUUGACUGGUCUUUUAUAGAAGAUCGGAUAUGACCUCCCAUGUUCGUUAAUGAAACUUUAGACCUAACCAUGAAUCAGUCAAUCUCUCUGGAUACCUACAGUACUUUGGGACCUUUCUUAAGAACAUUUAAGUGAAGGAUCUUUAUUUUUAAUGCAGAACCUCGUUCAGAUGUUUCCUUGGGUGAUUUGAUAGGUUCAAAUUGAUGCUGUAGGGCAACCCAGAGCCCCUAUGCUCAUCUCCAUGAGGUUAAACGUCAGUCUUGUCUACAUUCAGCACAUUUCGAACACAGACUCUACUGGUGAUUGCGAUUGAGUCCUGCUAUCUGUUGGCUUGACAACAGUGUUUUGACCUGACUGUUUUAUUAUGUGCAAUUUGGAUCUAUAAAAGCGUAGAUAUCAGAAACUUCACUAGUAUUAGUGCAUCACUCUGUCUUAAUUAGGAUAGUUUCACCGUCAUUAUAUUGGAUCACUUAAUGCCAGUGUAAUCUAGUUUUGACACCACUAACGCUUGCCAAUGCUAACUUAACCACACAUUUUUGUCACUAACAUUCUGUGGUGGAUUUGCUUGUAGUAUUUUGUAACUGAAUUGGUAGUGUUGGGUUGGAGGGGGCAGUAGCAGGGAAAUGGGUGUGCGUGCAGUGACCGAGAACGAGGGAUGGGCAAGGGGCAACUGUGUUUAGGAACAUUCCUUUUGAUUUUAAAAUGAAAAGAUCCAUUGUGGAUCUCACGUUAUGUCUGUGUGAAAUUAAACAGUAUAAGAAAGUCUAAUUUAAAACCCACACACAUUCACACAUUAAAAAUAAGUGCUUUUUUGGGGAUGUUUUCUGAAUGAUCAUUUGUUUUCUCAGAAGGUUUGUUGUUAUGGUUUUUCUUUUUUUUUAAUAUAUGAAUUUAAGAGUUUUGUGCUGUGUGUCUGUUAUCGGAAGAAUUGGGGUGGGGGGGUCGGUCUGAUUAGGAAAGGGGAGGGUUGCUUGUAAAUGUGAUGAAACGUUCUUAUGCUUUUCAACUUUAUUUUUACUUUUUACACAUUAGCGCAUCUAAUUUUUGAAUUAGGACAUGGCGAAGGUAAAAUGGCGAGCACCUCUUUAGUAGUUUCCCUGUCUUAUAUACAGGUACAUGCUCUUUCUCUCCCCAGUUUGCUUGCUCACCCCGGUGCUCUGUUUCAUAGCUGGGUUUGAUCUUGUUUUCUCUUCUAUGUACAUAUUAUAAAUAUAUAUAAUAAAAAUUAUCAACAUGAGAAUUAAA